CUUCACUGAAGUUUGCUUAAUUCCUCUCUUCCAUUCCACUCCACUAUUAAUUUAUUUUUUAUUUAUCGCUCAAUGAUUUGAAUUCAAAAUGGGUCUUAGAGAAAAGGCCGACUACAAUUUGCAAACUGUGUCUCUGGCAUGCGCGGUAGUUGUCAUACUAGUACUCUGUGCCGCUCGGCAAUACACAAGCGACUGGCGAGAGCGGCGUCUGUUCAAGCGGCAGCUGGCUAAAACACAGAAAAAACUGUUGCACGCUUCAGAAGACAACCACGAGCAAGAGCUGCUCCGGCGAAGGAGAAGACAUAUCAUAGCACACAGCGAUUACGAGAGCACAUCGGCCAUAGACAGUGAAGACAGCGGGGACAGCGAGGACGAACAGCUGGACCAGCGUGAGUUGCAGGGCCAGCAGGCAAACGUCAAACGAAGGCGGUGGAAGCGCUUUGUAGCUGCGAUUCCGCUGAUGCCCCUGGCCACAGCCUACAUCGUACUCAGACUAGGCUGGGACGUCUUUGAGCUAUUGGUGUUCUGCGUCAUUGACAUGGCGCGAGACACCGCGACAAACUCGCUACUCAUAGCACAGGCACUGGUCACACAUGCCCUUGAUUACAGCUCAAAGCUGGCAGAGCGGCUCGAGCUCGGACGUCGUACGCAAGCGGCUGUAAUUUCAGUCAUCGAGCACACGGUCAUAUGGCUGUUCAACGUGGCUUUCCCAGCAAUUGGAGACGCAAUCACUCAGUGCGGCCAGUGGGCGGUGCAGUUCGUUACUUGUCCUGCGCGGCCUGGCCCUGGACUGCGCUCAUCAGUCGAUGCGCUGGCAUCUGCGUACGCACGCGCUGUUUGGCUGGGCGGCCGGGCCAUCGAGGCAGUGCGCGUUCUAGGGACAGAUCUCAUGCGCGAUGUUCGAAUUGUUUUUGGCUGGACACGAAUUGGCUUGCGGUGGGUGGUCAGCAGAGAGCGCUGGUGGCUCAACCCUGCGCUUUGGCGUGCAGCAGCGGCAUGGGUUGCCCCGGCACUUGCUUGGCUGCAGUGGGCCUAUGUGUUGGCUGUUGGCCGCGCGAUUCCAUGGUGCGCUGAUGCGCUUGCCAAUACUCUGUGUGCAGCUUACUUUAACGCCCUGCUACCCUUUGUGCAAUGGUGCACUGCUGCAGCCGACUGGCUAGUGCAAACCGCAAGCGGGGGCUUUGUGCUUGUGCUUGGUGCGCUGCAGGCCGGCUACGCGAAAUGUGUGCGCCUUGCGGUAUUCGUAGCCAACAUCUGCGGAAGACUGCAAACCCCACUCGUUCGAUUCGUCGGUUUGACUUGGCAGCUUCUGGUGAAAUACCGGCUGAUGCUGCUUUGCGGAUGGAUGGCCCUGCUUGAGGCAGUGCGCAGGCAAUCUUGGAUCUUUACUGCCUGUCUUACUGCAUAUUCACAUGUCAGAAACACCGUGCUGCUUCCAGCCAUCCGAGCAACGGCUGUUUCAGGCAGGUUUUUGUGGCAGCAGGUGCUCGUUCCAUUCGCACUCACUCUGCACGGCUGGCUGCUGCUUUUCGUGGUUCCCCACGUCAAGAGUUUCGGAAAGUACCUGGUUGCGCGGGUACGCACGCUGCUCGCUCGACAGCGGGUCACGGCAGUGCUGGCCGCGCUCUGGCGCAGGUCCCAGAGGGUGAUUUUGCUGGAAUGGCAGGUCAUAGCAUCGAGCGCAUUCGCGGGCCAUGUCAAAACCGCCAUGGGUGAGGCUCUGCACAUCUUGAAGCGGCAGCUAGACGCGCUUGGCAUCAUGAUGUGGCCCCUGCUGCAGCGCGGCUGGAGCGACGGCGUCCAAGCAAUGGCCGACGUCUACCGACAGCUAGUAGCGAUAGUGGACUUGACGGCGGCGAUGGUUGGUGAUCUCAUUGUCGACUAUGCGCGCAGAAAUACUGUCCACACUUCCUCGACACAGAAUCACCCCGCGACAGAGGCCAAGCAUACUGUGGCAGCUACAAAAAAGUAAACAAAUAUUGGCACUGUCAGUCCAUAUUUUCUGUUUCUCUUAAUUUAUUUUUAAACUUUUGUUAGGGUCGCCAUUGGUCAUUUCCUCUCGAAUGACCCAGCUUUAACCCACUGACACCCGCCAGUUUUUUUUUUUAAAAUGGAAUACAAAUAUAGAAAGCAAAAUGUGUUACGAAAAUCUUUGCAAUGGAG